GAUAUGCCACCUACUUUGGCGGCUUGCGGGCAUAAAUGUGCUUAGUUUAUCCGGCUGAAAGAUUAAGGAGCCGCACAUCCGGCCGCAUGACUCUCUUGUAAAGACGUUAAGAUCCGACGGCAGAAAGCGCGCGCGCCCCAAUCGGCGAGUGGUCAGACAGGUGAAGUGGCGACGGAGCUACCCACUAGAGGGCCGGGCGCUGCUGAAGAGGCUGAUUGGCGCAUCCUGGGCGCAUCCCUCAGACGAUAGGCGGGAUUCCGGUGGAGAAGCCGGAUGAGAAGCUGAAGCCGAGGAUGACGAAAGGACACACGGCCAGAGGCGGCUUUCUCUUGCUCUUGCCUCUGGUCCGAGCGAGCUGGUGGCUUUUGGGUAUGCCAGCAGCCUACCAAAGCAGCCUCGAAUUAAAGCCAACGACCUAUCAAAGCUAUUGCAGAAAGUUGCAGUACUUAGUGGAGCGUCAGCGAGAACUGUGCGGUAUGAAUCCAAAUGUCUUGCAGACAGUGGGCCGUGGGGCCAAGAUGGGAAUCGACGAAUGCCAACAUCAGUUCCGGAUGAAUCGGUGGAACUGCACAACGUUCAGCAAUUCCAGUACCGUGUUUGGAGGAGUCAUGGGAGUUCGCAGCCGUGAGAAGGCCUAUGUAUACGCAAUUUCGUCAGCCGGGGUUGCGUACAGCGUGACAAGGGCAUGUAGCAAGGGAGAACUGGGAGAAUGCCGCUGCGACGAACUGGUCCGGAAGCGGGACAACGGCGGCCGAUGGAAAUGGGGCGGCUGCUCGGACGACAUCAAAUUUGGCGCCCGGUUCUGCAAGGACUUCGUCGACUCUGGCGAGGAUCAGCGCUCCCCGGAAGGCCUCAUGAACAUACACAACAAUGAAGCCGGACGUCGGGGCCUGCGUUCCAAGAUGGAACUGGUGUGCAAGUGCCACGGAGUGUCGGGUUCAUGUUCUAUGCGGGUCUGUUGGCGCCGGCUCAAGCCUUUCAGAGAGAUUGGGGACUUGCUGACGUUCAAAUUCGACGGGGCCACCCUGGUGAAGGCGGUCGAGAGGCGACACAAGACAAAGCUUCGGCCUGUCCGUAAGAACAUCAAGAGACCCAGCAAAAAAGAUCUCGUUUACCUUGACGAGUCGCCAGAUUACUGUCUUCGCAACGAAACGAUCGGUGUUUUGGGAACUCGAGGUCGAUUAUGCAACAGCACCAGUUACGGAAUGGAUGGCUGCAGAUUGUUGUGCUGCGGCAGGGGCUACCAAACUGUGAUUCGUGAAGUGGAAGAAAAGUGUCAGUGCAAAUUCGUUUGGUGCUGCAGAGUCCACUGCGAAAUGUGCAGUUUUAAAAGGGAGGAACAUUAUUGUAACUGAAAUGAUGAAAUCUGGUUUAAACGAGGUGUUCUGCACAAAAAAUAAAAAAAUAUAUAAAAAAGAAGAAGAAAAAGAAGAAAAGAGUCAAAAAAAAAAAAAAAAAAAAAAAAAAAAACAAUUGUGCUAAGUUUAAGGGUGUCCAAAAACUAUGCUGAGAAACAGCACACGAGUGAUAAAAUGCUUUUGGUAGGAAGGAGCUCUUGUGUUUCGACAUCAGCUGUUCGACAAUCGUAGGGACUUUCUUCUCCUUCAUUCGAAGCACGCACAUGCAUUCUAAGGCGGAAGGAAUCAACUACUGUCUCAUUAGUCGAAAUUCUAAAAUUAAAGAUUGUAACCUGAACACCGGCUAUCCAUUUAAACGAUUCAUGCCUGAAAUGAGUGGAUGGCAGAGUUAUCAGGGUAUUGAAAAAGACACGCUUGAUUAUCCUGAAAGCCAGAAAGGUAGUGAAGAACAUUGUAAGAUUUCUUUGGCUACGUACUUAAUCAUGUAAUGCACUACAGAUACGUAUCUAAGAGUUUUCUUAGGGAUGGGAUCUGAAGUAUAAAUCCUUCGUAAGAGAUAUUAGUUUAGCUUCUUAAAAAUAGUUUAUCCUUAAUCUUCUGAAGAUUUUUUUAAGAAAGUUUAACUCCUUAGGAAAAUGAUACAAAACUUACAAUAAAAGUUAAAAAUAUUAAUCAGAAGUAAAAGAAAGUAAUAUGUUGGCCUAAAGUUUCCAUGUAACUUCUUUAAGGUUCAAAAGACGCGAUCAGAAUUGUACUUAUUCAUGCUGUGACUCAGCUUUUAUUUAGGAAUAACAUGCUUGAUACUAAAGGGAUUAAUUUAUCGCAUCUUGUACUUUCUGAUCUAUUUUUCUUUUUUUGCCUACAAACACUGUUUGAGAAGGUUAAGAAAAAUAAUAUUACUGUUGUUUAAAACUACUUUCUAGGAAAUAUAUAGAGCUGUUGAUUUUGAGAAUAAAUAUUUAUCCAUUUGACUUUGGAUACGUGUCUGAAGUGUAACAUACAAAAUAGUAAAUUCCUAAUCAAAAUACAGAUUCAAAACUCAGUUACUUCCUGCAGACUUCCAGUAUUGAAUUCAAGAUAAAACUCUUAGCACAUGAAGCGUUGUCUUUGGAAAGAUUAAGAAACAAGCGUGCCGAGCGCAGAGGCUUCCACGGCAUGUAAUGUGGUUGAAACCUGAUGAACAAGGAAUGUGUUUUGCAGGAUAUGCAUUUUCAAACAAUAAAUGUUUAAAAUGAAACACAAAAUAAAAGUCCCAUCACAAAGUAAAAAUCCCAUCCAUUGUGUCAUGUUGCGAUUAGACAAAACAGCUGAUUUGACAUGAUAUAUUUUUAACAAGGAAUAUAUCCUGUAAAAACAGAUAUUUUUUCCUUAUGUCUUAGUAGGGGAGUUUCUUGCAUGAUGAUGUUGUAAAUUAUUCUUUAAACGUACCAUAUUUUUCAUUCAAAUAAUUAUGUGCAUUUUGUUUAAUAAUAUAUCUCUGUAGACUUUAAACAUUCAAAAGCUGAAGGAUCACAUUUGAAGUUGUUCUACAGGAAGUAAUAAUUUCCUUGAAAAUAUUUAAGUUUUCAUUCAGUUUUAAUAUUAGAAUCGUUGUUGUAAAUAACUAAAGAACAUAGUUAAAUUCAAGUUUAAAAUAUGUGAAGCUUGGGGUAUGUAAUAUUUUUUGGUAAGUAAACUAUUGCGAAUUCAAACACUUUAAGUAUUUGAUUUCAAAUGUUAUAUUUAGAAAUAUUGCUUAAACGUAUUAAUACUUUUUUAGAAAUAUUCAAGAGUACCUUAAAGUGGGCAGAUUAACAAUAUAUGUCAGCAAAUUAGAAUUCUUUCGUGAAAUAAUUGGCGCGGCAUAACAUUUUAAUAUGUAAAUAAAAAUCAUUCAGAUUCUGUAAACUUCAUUGUUUUCACUCCUCUAAACAUCAAGUAACUCGAUUUGUAUUGCAUCUGAAUUUUUUUUAAAUUUAAUUAAUCUAAUAAUCUAAUAAUUAAAGUAUUUUAAUUAUUAUCAUUAAUCUGAAAGUAUUUUGUAGUUCGGGUAUUGUUCGUAACCAGACAAACUGCUAGGGAAAAAAAGUUACUAACUCCUUUUUAAAACAUAAUCAUAUUUUUUUUUUUUUUUUUUUUUUUGCUUUAUAAACUCAUAAGCUCAAUUUAAUAUGCUACAGCCUUAUUAACCUGAUUUUUUUCUUUAGACUUUUUUUAGCAGCGCCGCUAAAUUUGACUAAUAAUUGUUUUCCUUACGAAGAUAUUCUCAAGAAGAAUUUCUAUAUUAUAUUCUCGAGACUAAACUAAUUCUCUUUCUAAUCUUACAAGAUUCAUUUAAAUUGAUAUAGCAGUCAAAUGCAGUCGCGAAUUAUUAAGAAGAAAGUUACAAUGCUUGAUUAGAGAUUUAUUAAAUGAAAAAUUUAAAUUAAAAAUGUAAAACAUAAUUACAGUAUUUAAUUGAAUCUGGGAAAAUUAAGUAAACUUAGAGUUAAAUGAAUUUAGAGAUCGGAAGAAAACUAUUAUAUUACAUAAAAACUAUAAACUGGGGAGGGGAGGAAUCAGUCAGUAGGAGGAAAAUUUAUAGUAUUAAAAGACACAUAAAGAAAUUACUUUAAGUUAAUUAAUUAAUAAGCGUUUCUAAAACAGGAAUGAAAUCUGCUAAUGUUUCUCGAUAUAUAUUAAUAUAAUAAAACGUAAAUUGUAACUUAGAGAUAUAUACUAAUGCUGAAGAAAACAACAAAUGUAAAUGCCGUAACGAAGUGAAACCCAAUAUUAAGUUUUCUGGUUACGAUGAAUGAAGCAUUAAGAUUGGAAAAUAAAUUAGCUUGUAUAUUAAGAUUAGUAAUAAAUUAUUAAUAAAAUGAAAGUGAAACUUCCAGCUUUUUGCAAAAAUUAAACGAGUAUUAGAAUUAUACAAUGAGAAUUUAAAAAUUCUAAAAUUUUCUUCACAAGAAAUUUACACACGCUCAUAAAAUUUAAUAAAGCUUCUUAUUUUGACGAUUAAAAAUUAAUUAAAACAAGCUUGUAUAUUUAUUUGAAACGUGUUCAUUAUUUCCUUCAUCAGAAAACCGUAUCAUGAAAUGUAAUUUGUUAUAUAAUUAGAUUGUGGUCUUUGACUGUAUGGCACUUCUUGCAGCUAAAAUUCUUCAUAAAACAUUCUACAAGAGUAAAGAUGUAUUUCUUUGCAGCUUUCUUUAAGUAUGUCUGUUUUCUUAAUUGAUUUGAUAAGCAUUGUAGAAUAAAAAAUACUUCAAGAUGACACUGGUUAACAGUUUCUUGCAUUUUUAUUUUGCUUAAACAUUUCUUUUAGUAUAUAUUCCUCUUUCUGAAUCUUAUUCUUUCAUAUGAGUCAAAAAAAAUUAUGUAACAGAAUCAUAAGGCACUUAAGCAAUUUCUAUAUUAGGUGCACUAAUUCGAUAUAAAUAACAAAAAAACUUUCAAAGCUUUUGCACUUUUUUAUUGCUUGUUUGGAUAAUUUUAGCAGCAUAAAAGACAUUUUCUGCUCACAAUUGUUUACAUCCACAGAAAUGAAAAAAAAAAACAAUUUCUUUCUUGUUUAUAUAUAUGAGAAGCCUUUCUUCUUGAAUGCAGUUACGAAAAACAUUACAUUCUACUUUUGAAUACAAGAAAGAGAUACAGUUUUCUGACCAAAAAUAAAACAAGUUUUCAUUAAAAUUUUCGGAGCCAGUUUCCCUUAGAAAGUCCUCCACGAAGGCAUCCCCGCUUAGGCAGAUAGCCCUAGUGUGCUUUGCCAUAAUUAAAUACAUUAAAAUGUGCAACGCGCUAAUAAUCUUAUAAAGGGCCAGAUGAUUCAAAAGAAAUCAGAGACUUUAUACGUCGCCUAAAAUAAAUAUAUCUUCUGUUUUACCCUUGCAAAAGAUAGCAACUAAUAGUUUUCACCUUAAAAAAGGCAGAAUGCGUAAAUGAAUGCACCGGAAAAAAAGUACCGUCAGAGAAAAUGUACUCGUGUUUAAGCACCGCUUAUUUUGCGACAGCGGAAAUAAUCGUAUCAUCAAAUAAUCUUACCAAGUAAUGUCAUCAAUAAUCAGGAUCAUGUCAUCAAACAUAGAUGAAAAUGCGCAGCAAGUGAAUAUGAGUCAGUUUCCCUUAAAAGGUCUUCUGUGAAAAUAACUAUGUUCUUAUAACCCCUUUGGGUUCUUAAUCCCUUUUUGCUCUUAACUAAUUAACUAAAAAAAAUGAAUAAACACUGUAUGCAGCAUUGGUUGAAGCAGGAUAGAUUCAUUAUUGUAGGUGAGUUAUUAAAUAUUAAAACAAAGCACUCCAGUGCUAUUUAACGAAUGACUUUCUAGGGGGUACUGGUUCCCAAGUAAAUUGCAAAAACAGAAUUACAACUACUUUUUGUGGAAAAAAAAUGACAGAAAUUAAAUGAAAUUAAGUCAAUUAACAGCCGGAAAGAAAUGUUAGAUUUCAGAAAUAACUACUCAGCGGCUACUAGGCCUAGAACAACUGGAUACAUCGAACUACUGUUUGUCAUUUAUUAGAUCAUUUUGUCAAUUUGACAAAAAAUUCCGAACAUUGUCUUACAGAUUUUGACUUUUCACUGCGUCUGUCUUUUUUCAUUUGUCAUAGGUGAAUAUAAAAUUAAAAUCUGCUAUUUUACAAAGUGUUUUUAGGAUAAAUUUUGCUUCUAAUGAAGCAAAUGAAAUUUUUAUUCUGCUCAUAUCAUAUUAUACAUAUUAUAUUAUACAUUUUACAUUAUUUUAUUUGUUGAGUCAAAGCACCCAGCGGCUGUCUUGUUUUCAAAAGAUUCUUUCAUAAAACUACUAUAUUAUACUUUCAUACUAUUCACGUGAAAUUUCGAAAAAAAUACUCGAAAUCCCAUCCAUCCAGCUCCUUCGGUUGCUGAAGUAGGAAGUAAAUGAAAUGUCAAAGCUCAGUUGCUAACCUAUUCGGUCAGCGAUAAUAUACUUAUUUUGGAUUAUUUGCAUAUAUAUUGUUAUAGGUCUUUGUUCUAAGGUGUUUUAUUCAUUAUGUAAGUAUUAAUACUAAAAGUAUUUGAAACACAGUGAUCGAUUUUAAAUUGAAAUUUUGAAUAACUAAUGCAAAUUAUUAAUUUCAUUUAAUAUCCUUUUUGAAAUGAAUUUCCGAGCUUGAAAAUCUGCCUCGUUUCACUUUGAUGCUCCUUAAUCUGCCCAAACAACAAUACUCAUAAAGAUUUUUAAGCUUUACGUUUAAACACAGCUGAUAUGACUUCAUAUGUAUUACUUGUAAUAUACAGCACAUAUAAACUAAAUUAUUUUUAAGAUCUAAUCUAAUUAUGUUUUAACAAGUUAUGAUUUCUUCAAAAUAAUCUUCAUAAUUUUUACCGUUUGGAGUUCUCUUGUUUUCCUAAGUUCAGUAAUGAUAAUUAUAAACAUUUCUUUAUUGUACUAAAAAUAUGCUGCUUUCAAUUAAAAUAAAAUGAAAAAUUAUUUAAGCCAAAUUUAAAUAUGCGAAUAAUGAUAAUAAUAUAUUAUUAUUACAACUGUGACUCUAACACAAUGCGUUUUAUUUUAUUAACACGGCUUCAAGCCUAGAGUCAGGGGAACUGAAUUACGUUACAAGCAGCUUUUUACAUAGCCACAUACUAAGGCGCAGAGUCUAGGAAAGCCCUAUUCUGAUGGUCUUGACAACGACGUAACUCGACAUCCUUUCUGCUGCUGGAUAGAACUGCAGAUGGAUUAGCUGUUUGCGAUCAACGCCACAAGCGAUAUAUUUAUUUAUUAAGUUUUUGAUAAAACAGUUUUCUGUCUUAAUUUUGCAAUAUUUCCAAACAUUUGCAUGAAAAUGUGAUUACUUUUUGCUUCUAAAAAAUAAAAUGUUAUAAAUUUUCCUUUUUUCUAAAUUCUACCUGUAAAUGUGCCAUACAUACAUUUGUGUUAAAUUUAUCAACAAUUUUAUGUUAUUGAAAAUGUGAAAGCAUUCAUCUAUGUUUACCUUUUGUGAAAAGCAGUAUAUUGCAUGUCGUCUCUUUUUCUGGAGGUAUUUAGUAGCAUCAUUAAUGUAAUUUUUCCUUUUGUAAAAAGAUUUGUGAUUUCAUGUUUAACACGUAUGUUUGUAUACUUCGUCAUAGACCAGCGAAUGAAUAAACGUGUGAUCGGAA